GGUCGGUGGUCGAGCGUGAAGUGUUUUGUGAUUUAAGUGUUGUUUAUUAGUUUUUAAAGUAAUUUCGCUAGAUUAUAGUUUAUUUAACGAGCUUGGAAAAUGCCUCCAAAAAAGCAAAAAGGGACACGCAAAAGACCGCACAGUGCCCAAAAGCUGUCAUAUCCCACAAAUUCGGAAUCGGCGAGUGCAGAGCCCAGUACUUUGGGUCCAUCAAGUUUGCCAGCUAGCUCGGAGCCAGCGACAUCAAUACGCUUGAUGGAUGAAUCUAAGCUUGUGCGGGCGGGGAAAACCCAAUUUAAGAAACAAGUCGCCAAGUUGUCCCUGGAGCAGCGGACCCACUUGGCAAACAUGAAGGACCUGAAGGAAGUGGGGAAAUUCAUGCUACCUGACGCUCCGAAGUCAAAAAAGGGAAAAGGAAAGGGGAAGGGCAAGAGUAAAGCAGACGCAAAGCGAUGGGUGCCCUGCCCACUCUUACCUGGCGUGCCGCUUACCCCACCUCCGAAAAUUCCACAACCAUGGGAAAAACGUGUUCACGAAACGGCCGAGGAUGGCGAAUUCAUUGAGGGCUCGCCUCCCCAUAAUCCAUCCAUGCCAUCCAUGGAUCAUGGGUUAGGCAUCCCGGAAAUCCCAAUGGAGAAGGGCACACUUCAACCUUGUACUCCUCCAGAAAGUACUUCCUCACUAGGAACGCCGCCUCAAGCGAAGAAAAGGAAAUUACUAUUCACGCCGUCCACAGGGAUAAUUCCGGCAUUGGAGGCGCCUGUUAACCCUGUGGCGGUUCAGAUAGAGUUUUUGGAAUUUGCACCUGAGUCUACCACUUCAGCAAUGCCAGGAUCUGGAAGAAGUGCCGCAUCAUACGAGAUCGGAGUCGACGGUGAUGUCGAUGAGGAGAUUGACGACAACGUUGAAAGUGACAUUGACGAAGACGCCGACCUCAUCGACCUUUCAGUGCGGGAGCGGAACGUUUUUGAAUUCCCCACGGAGUUCGAUGGUUCCGAGGAUCCUGGCCUUGUGGAAGCGGUGCACGAACUGGACGCUGAAAAUGAUGUUCGUCUUCGGGCUCUGACUGAGUCCGAAGACUUCCUUAACUUUGAUUGGCGGGGCAAUGCUGAUAACUUCAAAGGAGUUAGGGAAGAGUUCAUCGGGCCCUCUGGCCCGACAUUUGAUAUCUCUGGGCUAACUCCUUUGGAGAUAUUUGAGAAAAUUUGGGAUACCGAUAUCAUAGCUCACAUUGUCCGCGAAACCAACAAAUAUGGGCGCCAAUUGCAGCUUAAUAAUGCCUCAAAACUCGGCUCCAGAUUAAGUCGGUGGAAAGACACCACAGAGGACGAAAUCUGGACGUUUUUUGGUAUUAUUAUGCUGCAAUCUCUCGUUGUAAACAAUGUUGAGCGGGAAUACUGGUAUCCCAAAUUGGAAGAGCUCCGAGUUGGGAAUUUCGGGGAGCUCAUGGGCUACAACCGCUUCCUACUUUUAAAAAGAUGUCUACACUUCGUAGACAACACCUCCUUGCCCGCACAUACCAACAAACUCCACAAAAUCAUGCCGGUAAUUGAGCAUCUCAAUAAAAAAUUCAGUUCUUUAUACCUGCCUGAGCAAAAUGUGGCAAUUGACGAGUCGCUCCUUUUAUGGAAAGGGCGACUCUCGUUCGCACAGUUGAUUGCCACAAAACGGGCUAGGGUCGGUAUAAAGAGCUAUGAAUUGUGCGAGUCAAGAACCGGCUAUUUGUGGAACAUGGAGGUGUAUACGGGCAAGGGGCACGUCCACGCGCCGCAAGACGCACCACAAGAAGCGGAUGUAACUCAUGAGGAUGAGCGGGGGAGUGCCACGUCUCAAAUUGUAUUUACUCUGAUGAGACCCUUGUUCAAUAGAGGCCAUACUCUGGUUAUGGAUAGUUUUUAUAACGCGCCUCUUUUGUCAAGGCUUUUAAAGGCUAAAUACAAAACCGAUACGAUGGGCACUCUUCGGCUGAACAGGGACUUUGUCCCCAAGUCCCUAAAAGGGAAGAAUAAAAAUAUUAUGAAGGCGGGAGAGGUUUGUUUCAGCACAACCAAAGAUUUGAGUGUGGUUGUGUGGUUGGAUAAGAACGUGGUGGCGAUGCUCUCUACGUAUCACGACAUCAAGGUCGGCGGAAAAGAAAAGUACGGCUACUUCAGGUACAAGCCUGAAGUAGUCUUAGACUAUAACCUCUCCAUGGGCGGCAUAGAUCACAAAGAUCAAAUGCUUCACGCCUACCCCGUGGAGAGGGUGCGCAACAUGGUCUGGUACAAAAAACUUUUCCGCCGACUUUUGAACGUAUCGAUGCACAAUGCGUAUGUAAUCUAUACACACAACCACACUCAAAUCGGAAAUAGGGAUUUCCGAUUGCAGUUGGCACAUCAAAUACUGCAGAAGCACAAACCAACAGCCGUGCCUAGACCACCAGCGCGACCACCAGCGCGACCAGCCACACCGCCAGAAAUGCAUUUGCCAUUAAAAAAUGUGCGAGCGCAGCGAUGCAAGUUGUGCCACGCUGCCAAAGUGCGCCGAACGACGGUGUGGAGGUGUGGCACCUGUGACGUCAACUUGUGCAUUGAGGGAUGCUACAGUGCUUACCACACGAGCAAUAGGCACAUUAAGUGA